AUGUCCAAUUCGAGUCUACGCAACUUCGCAGUCGGCGGCCACGGCAAGGUCGUACAGCAUCUUGCCCGCCAUGCCAUGUCUAGCGGGUGUAUCAUUUUGCCCAUGACCUGCGACCCUGCGCACGCUUCCGAUCUUCCGAAUCUGCCGGCAUCGCGUGCUGAUCGUCUGCAGCCGAUCGUCGCGAGCGUCGACGCGGCCGCCGGAGCAGGCGGAAAAGGCGGCCAAGAGCGGACCCAAGUGGUAGACUACGAAUGUACGGUCAAAUUUUUCGAUGCCAUCGGGCGCUCCAAGAUCGCCAGCAACGACGGGUUCAGGCACCUCCUCGUCGUUUCCGCCAUCAACAUGCAUGCCCUCGCCAGGAAGCCCAACUGGUAUAAGGACAAGGAAUUUGAGUGCACCAAGACAGCACGGGAGAAGAUCAGGUUCUACGCAAAGAUGAAUCGUGUGGCUGACAAGGACAUAGCAAAGAGAAGCGCCUUCCCGUGGUUCGUCCUUCGGCCACGCAGCCUCUCGAUGACUCGGAUCUCGCCAGACGAUGUUGAGGCCGUGUUGCUCAAAAUGGCCGAACUUCCACGCGAGAGCAAAAUUGACGGGCUCAUGCUGGAACUUACUAAUGGAGACGAGGUUGGCGCCACGGCCGAAGCUGCGGUGCAGAGGGGCAGGUCUGACUGGAUCGGCUAAAAGUCAUAAGAGAAAGCGUGCACAUUGUAUGUGGAAACGUACAGCGCAUAUAUACGCCACAUG